AGCUCAGUCCCAGCACCUGCUGUACAGCCGGAAGCCCCGGAGAAGAGACCUUACCCCCGGGCGGGGUCUGCGCCUAUAAAAGCCCAUCUCUCCGGAGAACAAGGACAGCAUUGAGCACAGGACUGGCACACAUGGCGGGCAGGAUGGCAUGGCUCUACCUGCUGUGCUCGGGGGCUCUGCUGGGCGCGGGGAUCACUGCCUUUAACCUGGAUACUGAGAAUGUCAUCCAGAAGAAGGGAGAACAGGGGAGUCUAUUCGGCUUCUCAUUGGCCAUGCACCGGCAGCUGGAACCCGAGGACAAGAGGCUAUUGCUGGUUGGUGCACCUAGAACAAAGGCCUUUCCUGCACAGAGAGCUAACGUAUCGGGUGGAUUGUUUUCCUGUGAUAUUACGUCUUCUACUCCGUGCUCAAGGGUUGUAUUCGACAAUGCAGUCGACCUGACAUCUGAGAGUAAAGAAAACCAAUGGAUGGGUGUAAGUGUUCAAAGUCAAGGACCAGGAGGCAAAAUUGUGACCUGUGCUCAUCGAUAUGAAAGAAGAAGGUUUGUGAAUACACCCCAAGAAUCUCGGGACAUCACUGGAAGGUGUUAUGUGCUGAGCCAAGACCUCACUAUCACGGAUGAAAUGGAUGGCGGAGACUGGAAUUUUUGUGACGGACGACUCAGGGGUCAUGAGAAGUUUGGGUCUUGUCAGCAAGGUGUUGCUGCAACGUUUACAAAGGACUACCAUUAUGUUGUGUUUGGUGCACCUGGGACAUACAACUGGAAAGGUUUUGUUCGAGCAGAGCACAAAAAUAGUUCAUUCGAUGACCUGUUCAUUUUUGAAGAUGGUCCUUAUGAGACUGGUGGGGAAACAAAACGCAAUCCAGAUUUAGUACCUGUUCCGGCUAACAGUUACUUAGGGUUCUCUUUGGAUACUAGCAAAGGAAUCACCUCGCAAGAUGAAAUGACGUUUGUAUCGGGUGCACCCAGAGCCAAUCACAGUGGAGCGGUGGUUCUCCUGAAGAAGUUUCCACCCAACGAGAGGAUGUUGUCUCCCGAGUUUAUCUUUGAGGGGGAGGGACUGGCCUCUUCAUUUGGUUACGAUGUAGCAGUAGCAGAUCUCAACAGAGACAAGUGGCAGGAUAUAAUUGUUGGUGCACCCCAAUACUUCGAUAAGGAUAACAAAGACAUAGGGGGAGCCAUCUAUGUGUACAUCAAUCAGGAGGGAAAAUGGGGGAAUGUCAAGCCAAUCCGAAUUGAGGGCCCCAGGGAUUCUAUGUUUGGAAUUUCGGUGAAGAAUGUUGGAGACGUGAAUCAAGAUGGAUACCCUGACAUUGCAGUCGGAGCACCAUAUGCUGAUGGUUUCGGAAAAGUCUAUAUAUUCCAUGGCUCAGAAAGUGGCAUCAAUCAGGAACCAUCACAGGUCAUUGAUGGCAGGAACACAAACACCAAAUUCUUUGGUUACUCUGUUGUCGGAAAUAUGGAUCUAGAUAAGAAUUCCUAUCCAGAUAUUGCAGUGGGAUCUUUGUCAGAUUCUAUAAAUGUCUUCAGGUCACGUCCAGUGAUCAGCAUCAAGAAGACAAUUAAAGUGAUGCCGGACAAGAUAGAUUAUAAUAAGAGAAACUGUGUGGUUCCCAGUGGAAUCUGUUUGACGGUGGAGGUCUGUUUGUCGUAUACAGCGCAGCCUAAAGACUACAAUCCAAGAUUAACUCUCGCUUACACCCUUGAAGUUGAAAGUGUAAGACAGAGCCUAGGCCUGUCCUCCAGGAUUGGCAAUUUCUCAGGACCAGUAACAAACACAAUGGAACUCAGAACGCAAAAUCAAGUGAAAUGUUCUGACACCAUUCUCCACCUACAGGAUAACAUUAAGGACAGACUGCGACAGAUUCCUGUGUCUGUUACAGUAGAUAUCAAAAAUGUCCGGCGGAAGAAGAGGCAGAGCACUUCACUGCCAGAACUUAUGCCAAUCCAGAACGCAAAUGAGCCCAAAAAAGUUACUGCAGAGGUUCAGUUUUUGAAAGAAGGAUGUGGAGAAGACAAUGUCUGCAACAGCAAUAUGAAGAUCUCUUACAAAUUUCUCACUAAGGAUGGACCAGACUCCUACACAGAGCUGAAGAGUGAGAACGGUGUUCCAGUUUUGGCACUUCAAAAUCAGAAAGAUAUCGCUCUCGAAAUCACAGUGACAAACAAACCCUCAGAUCCAAACAACCCUAAAAAGGAUGGUGACGACGCCCAUGAAGCGAGACUUGUUGCAGAUCUACCACCCACCUUAUCAUUCUCGUCAUUCAAAGACUCCGCUAAAAGUUCUGAGCGAAAUUUUUUCUGUUCAUCCAACCAAAAUGGAUCCAAAGUGGAGUGCGAGCUUGGAAAUCCUUUCAAAAGAGGUUCCAAUGUGACAUUCUUUCUCAUUUUGAGCACUAGUGGAAUAGCGGUUGACACCAAGGAACUGCAGAUUCCUCUCAUUUUGGAAACAACAAGCUCUCAAGCGGAUCUAGGACCUGCUGUUGCUAAGGCUCGAGUUGUGGUUGAACUUCUUCUCUCUGUAUCUGGGAUUGCGGAUCCUUCUCAGGUGUACUUUGGAGGUAAAGUCCUUGGAGAAAGCGCCAUGAAAACAGAAGAUGAAGUUGGAAGCUUGGUUAACGUUAACUUCACAGUCACUAAUUUUGGACGGCCUCUUAAGUCCCUGGGCACGGCAUUUUUAGAAAUUGAGUGGCCAAAAGAAAUCAGCAAUGGAAAAUGGCUUCUCUACAUUGUAAAAAUAGACUCCAAGGGACUGGAGAAAGUCGCAUGCCAACCAUUUUCUGAAAUUAACAAACUGAAAUUGCUGGAGUCUGGUAAAAGUCGAAACAGACGUGAAAUAGGAGAAAAACAAUCUGAUCCGGAUGGCAAAUCUUUUUCAUUCUUCUCAGAAAGGAAGUACAUGACACUGGACUGUAAUACUCAUGCAAAGUGUGUGACCAUUAGAUGCCCCCUUCAAGGACUGGACAGUAAUGCUGUCAUUAACAUUCGCUCCAGGUUAUGGAACAGCACGUUCCUUGAGGAAUAUUCCAAAAUGAGCUAUCUCGACAUAAUUGUGAAGGCCUCAAUCAGUCUGGACACAACAGCCGACAACAUUAAAUGGACAAAUGAAGCUUACCAGGUGCGUGUUACAGUUUUCCCAGAGAAGACGCAGGUGCAUUAUACUGGAGUACCCUGGUGGAUUGUGCUGGUGGCUAUACUAGCAGGAAUCCUAAUGCUUGCCCUAUUAGUGUUUAUACUAUGGAAGUGUGGAUUUUUUAAACGUUCCAGGUACGAUGACAGUGUCCCGCGAUACCACGCCAUACGGAUCCCCAAAGAAGAGCGCCAAUUCAAAGACGGAAAAUUAAAAGAGAACACUGAAAAAAAGCAAUGGGUCACCAAUUGGAAUGAAAACGAAAGCUAUUCCUAGAAAUGUUAUUUCAUCUUUUGUAUGUUUUUUUUAAAAGUAAGGCUUAAUUUUGUAGGAAGAUGGCACCACAUUGGAUUGGGUAUGUGCCAGACAACAGACUUUAUUGCUUUCUGGAUUUUAAUUCUAAAGCAUAUGUGACUUGCUCUGUGAAAUGGUAUUUCAUUUUGAGUUUCUGAUUUGAGGCUACCUUGUGAACUAUUGAAUUAAAGGGGUCAGCCUGUUAGGACAACCCCUGUUCGUGGACGUCAUUAAGGGGGUCUUGUGCUCGGGACUCACCACUGUAAGCCACAGUUGAAAGCUGCCACGUUUCAGCAGCUCCAAACUUGACUCAUCCAACCCUUCCAUGUAUUACAUGGUUGUCCAAUAAAACGGGCGCCAUGUAAUACUUCAUGUCCCCUGUAGUGGCCGCUGCAGGGCACAUCUGACCGCCGGGCCGUCUUCAUUACAGAAAGGGGUUAUCUUGGUAAGUCAUUUUAUUUGACAUGAUGGUCAUUACUUGCUAAUGAUUUGAUUUCUAGGUGUACAAAGUGUCGGGAAGAAGGGGUGCUAUGUUUUAUUUAAUGCUGAUCUACUGUUAUUAUGCAAUAAUGGAGGCCAGCCACUGAUUUACUUUAAGUGCAUUAAUAAUGUAAAGAGGAUUUUAUAGCUGCUAUAAGACCUUCUUACAAAAGCUGAUGAGAUCUGUGAUCUGUUUGCCUUAAACCACUUACAUCUGUGCCAUAUACCAAAUGAUACGCCUAUUACUUUUUUAAUAUUACCUAUGCAAACUCUUGUUAUACAGUUAUUUCAAUGGCACAUAGUCCUGUUUGCCAAAGUAGGUCUUUGAGUACCUAACAGCAUUGGUGCAGUGUGCCUUUAAAGGGCAUCUGUCAGCAGUUUUGUACCUAUGACACUGGCUGACCUGUUCCAUGUGCGCUGGGCAGCUGAAGGCAUCUGUAUUGGUCCCAUGUUCAUAUGUGCCCGCA